UGGUCCCUGUGAAAAAUGCACAACCGUCUCCCCUCUGACAAUAAUGCACUGCGGACAUAAAACAAGUCUGUGCACCACUUUAAAUGCAUACUAUAUAUAGUGGCACAUGAACAACCCACAAAGCCCCAUGCCAUCUCUGUUUGUCCGUUAUUAAACUUCAAUAAAUCUGCAGCUUGGGAAUAGGCAAUUUUGCCAAAAAAUUACAGCUGCAUGAAAAGUGUUCAUCCUGUAACCUGUGGACAUUGGCUUAUCUUCUAGGUGACAGUAGCUGUGAAACUUCGUUUUAUGACCAUGACUGGCAUUAUAGUUUUGAUGUUCCAUGACAAAAAAUGCCAGCAAGUUUUAUGGGAAAGUUGCAAAAUGGCGGAAGGCCAAGUUGCUCUGAGAGAAGAAAGUUGGUCCGCAUUGUUGCUUCUGAGAUCCUGGAAGUCAGCAAAUGUCCAGCAAAAAAACAUGUAUCAGAAAUAGCCCGACAAAUGGUGAUUGCAUACCCAAAGUCUUUCAGAGAUGAGAUUAAUUCCCAGGUUGUAGGAAGUGGAUAUGAUUCUCUCCUCAAACAACUGGUGUGUAGAAUUGACAAUUUGAAAAGAGCAAAAGCUAUUAGUAUACCACUUUGUGGUACUCUAGAAGUAUCAACAAAGAAACAAAAAUUGUUAUAUGGUUGUAUAAAUUCUGAUCCACAACUGCUAGUUGGAGAAACAUCUGAAUUGCAGCAGGAAAAGAAAGAGAAGUUGGUAGUAAUGUUUCAAAAUAAUGAAAGUGAUGUAAAGACAAUCUAUGACUUAAUGACUUCUACAUACACCCCUCAAAGAAACAGCAUCCAAUCUGGAAAGGAAACCAAAGAUUUACUUGAUGAGUGGCCAUAUCUUUUUCAGCCAGCAGGAAUGAAAGCACACUUUAAAGAGCUCACUGGCAUUGACAUAAACAACAGCUUUGAAGAAUCUGCUUCCAAAGACACCUCUGUUCCAAGUGAUAUAUGCUCAGAACAGCUUCCAGCAACACCAUGUAUAGUAGUGUGUGGAGAGAACCCACUGACAGCCAGUGUGUACAUGGUAGCAGUAGACCAGAUGAUUGUAAAUGACCAUCUCUUGAGUUUUACAGAAGCCCUGUAUCUGAUGUUCUCUCUUUACUAUAUAUUGAACAUCAGUUACCCUGUAGAACUGGGAGCCACACUAGAAUUCUUGCAAAGGUGCAUCUUUAGGAUAAAUCCUCAUAAAGGUACCAAGGUGGAAAAGAGAGAGAAAAAGAGAGCGUACUCUGUCAACCCCAGAGUAUUGAGUCUGACAUCAAAAAUUGCUGCAUUUGAUUGGGGAGAGUAACAGAUGUGGUCUUUCAGAAGAUUGACAUUUCGCUGAAGAACAGGACAGACCGACUUUUUGUACUUCAGUGCAGCGCUUUGUUGCUUAAAUCAUUUUUAUUACCUUGUGACGUGAUUAGGAUUUAGUUUAUAUUUAUUUAUUUGAUUGGGACAGUGCAUGUUAAUGAACAAACAUGGAAUACAUGCAUGUAAACAUGCUGGAUUGUAGCCAAAGGCUAAUUUCCAUCCGUAGUCCCACGGCUAAAAUCACACGGGUCACAAAACAUUACAUAAUAAAAUUUACAUCUACAGUUAGUACAUCGUUUAUCAAUAAAUUAGCUAAAGCCCCGUAUACAAUAUUCACCUAAUACUUGAAAAUUCAUUCAACUUCAAAAUUAUCAGAAUCCAGGCCCAGUGUUUUUGUUUCUUUUAAACUGAACACAUUUGUGUUCUGAAACAUGCUUUAUCCAUUUUCUCCAUGUGACAUGUUCAGGAUUAUCAGAAUUAAUGUCGAUUUUUUUUUUUUUUUAAUUGAACAAAUUUGUUUUCUAAAACAUGACUUUUGCUGGGAAGUGUUUUUCCAUUGUUUGAUCUUGAAGGUUUGCUAUAUAAUAAAAAGCUGAAGUUGUUUACA